AUGCAAUGCACAAUUCGUCAUAAGAAGGAUAGCCAUGCAGUUAAUUGCACGCGCGACGCGCAGCUCGAGUGGGCGCCGUUCCCGCGUCGCCACAUCGCGCAGACCAACAGCGAGGACGACUGCCUCUACCUGAACGUGUGGCAGCCUCUGCUCGAGGAGAAAGAUGGCGGCAGCGCCGAGUGCGGCGUCUGCGGCCACCCUCCACUGCUGCCGGCCGUGGUCGUGCUGCACGGCGGCCGCUUCCAAUAUGGCGGCGGCGGUGGGCCAUACACCUUCUACGACUGGCAAGUGACCCUUCUGGGCCACGAAGCCGGAGCUGCGUCCGUGGGCUACCACCUGCUGUCCAACCGGAGUGCCGCGUACUUUCAGCGGGCGGUCAUGAUGGCUGGUUCACCGUACGCUCCUUACCCCGACAACAGCGGCAACGCCGCCGAGCGCAACGUGCGCGCCUUGGCCAGGGAGCUGCGUUGUCCGGAUUCAUCGGCCGGAAGGGCCGCCGUCGACUGCCUCAGGUCACGCUCUGUCAGGGCCACGCUCGAAGCAGCCGACGGCGCCGGCAUCGAGUUCGGGCCUAGUUACCUCUCCCCACAAACAGCAAUCACGCACGAGCACCAGCUGGUAGAGAAUGCCGUGGUGCCGGAGAAGCCCCCCAACAUGCGCGCGCGCUUCAGGCCUCUGGAUUUCAUUGCGGGCUACACCAGCAACGAGGGCGCCCCCUACGUGCUGGAGAUGUUGCGACGUUCGCGACUGCACUUCGGCGACGAGACCAGCGGGCAGGACGUACUCGGCCCGCUCGCCGACUGGCUCCGGAGGCACGGAGUGCCGGAACCGCGCGAGGUGCUCGACUUCUACGGUCUGAACGCGCAGCAGUUCGCGGCCGCUAGGGGCGUCCACGUGCUUGCGGCCCUAGACGAGCUGCUGGGCGACAUGCACGUCUACUGCCCUGUUAACUUCAUGGUCGAAGAGGCCGCGGCACUUGGCAGCCGCGUGUUCACGUACGAGUUUGCGCACCUCCCUUACUACCGCUGGUGGACCCGCUGGAAGGGAGUGCCCCAGCUGUUGGACCUGAUUUACGCGUCCGGCCUGGUGCGCGCCAUCCAGGACGAGUAUGGUCUCGACCACAGGGAGCUGCGCUUCUCGCAGUACAUAGCCGACAUGUUCGCGGGAUUCGUCUGGAACGGUGAGCCACCACCGGAGACCAACUGGACGCGCUGGGAGACCUUCCACCGAGGUCCCCUAGUCUUUGUGGGCAGCGAGAACAGCAGUUAUGCGAAAGCAGCUUCGAUGCCCCACGAGACAAACUGUGCCUUCUGGAGGAUGUUCCUCCACCCUCCAGUCACAAGUGCAGCUACGACUAUGAGGCCAUAG